GGCCAACGGAAGUCGCUGCGGCUGUAUCCAGAAGAAGCAGAGAGACAGUGCGGCAGUUUGUGGACACACACCUCACAACAGUUGUGGUUUUAUCAAGUAAAAAAGACAUUUCCCCACCAAACGCAACUGCAUAGAUUGUCAACUUCUGCUUCAUCCUCAGCGACCCUGGACCAGUUGACUUCCUCUUCUCCUUCACCGCAUUAAUAAACUAUCUGAUUAUUUGUAUAUUAUUGUGCAUCUAGACCGGGUGACACAAUAUCUAUUGACGCAGCAACCACUAGGACACACUGCUUUCUGGAGCAGCCGUGGAUCUGCUCAGGAAGAGGGGCACCUCACAUGGGAGUGUGUGACCGUGUGUGUGAGGGUGUGUGUUCAGGCCUCCUGCCUCUUCCCGGACAGGCAUGGCGGGGGUCCGGAAGCACGGCUCCAGGACCCAGAGGCCGUGGUCGGUGUACCGGGCCAGCACCUUCGAGCUGUCCAACGAGAUGAUCGGACUCGCUCUCGCUGGAAACAGUCAGGACCCAGAUGAGCCUGUGCUUGAGUUCAGCGUGGUGUGCACAGAGCUGCUGACUCCGGCUCUGGACAGAAAACCAAACAGCUUUGUAGCAGUGAGCUGCACCACCCCCCCGCAGGCCUUCUGGUCCAAACACGCCCAGACUGAGGUCAUAGAGGGCACCAGUAACCCCAUCUUCCUCAGCAGCAUCGCCUUCUUCCAGGAGUCCAACAUCAACCAGCAAACGCAGGUGAAACUCGCCGUGUACGACGUGAAGGACCGCUCGCAGGGCACGAUGUACAUGCUGGGCUCGGCACUUUUUCCUGUUAAGGAGUUGUUGCAAGAGAAGACCCACAGGUUACAGCUGGAACUGAGAUCAGCGGAGAACGAGCGUGUGGGGAACAUCACCGUGGCUGCCUGGCAGAUGGAGGACAGAGCAGACCAGAGGGUGUCGACCGGCUGGCUGCCAGACGGCAUCAACGGGCGGACGGUGCUGCCGGUCGAUGAGAGCCUCACAGAGUCGAUGGGAGUCAGAAUCAAGUACGCCUCGCUAUGCAAAGACCCCCUGCUGCGCUCAGUGUUUGGAGGCACGAUGUCCAGGAUGUACCGCUUCCCCUCGACUGAUGGGAACCACCUCCGGGUGCUGGAGCAAAUGGCAGAGAGCGUCCUCUCGUUAAACAUCCCCCGACAGUUUGUCAAACUGCUGCUGGAGGAGGACGCAGCCAGGGUGUGUGAGCUGGAGGAGCUGGGAGAGCUGUCCCCCUGCUGGGAGAAUCUUCGGAGACAGAUUGUCUCUCAGUACCAGUCCAUAAUACUCGCGUACCAGGAAACACUGUCGGACCUCAACAACUACAGAGGUCCCUCGUUCAAAGCCAGCAACCUGAAGGCGGAGAGGAAGCUCGAGUUCAUGCCAACCAACCUCCACGUUCAGAGGAUGAGGGUGCAGGAUCAGCUGGGCUUCGAACACACGUACGAUGUGAUAACGAUCGGAGCGCCGGCGGCUCACUGCCAGGGUUUUAAAAACAGCGGUUUGAGGAAACUCGUCCAGAGGUUUGAGGAGGCCAAGAAACACAGCGCCCUCUCCAGCUCGCAAUCCAUCGUCUACAUUCCCCAGGACAUAGUCAGAGCCAAAGAGAUCAUCGCCCACAUCAACACGCUGAAGACGCAGGUCAGCUACUACGCAGAGAGGCUGUCCCGAGCCGCAAAAGACCGAUCUGCCAGCGGACUGCAGAGGACGCUCGCUAUUCUGGCUGAUAAGACACGUCAGUUGGUGACCGUCUGCGACUGUAAGCUGCUGGCUUCAGCCAUUCAGGCCCUGAACGCAGCGCGGCCCGAGUACAUCGCCUCCAAAGCGUCUCCCUCCGCCGACUCGGAACAAGUAGUCCUGCGCAACGACCAGGACACGCUGCUCGCCAAGUGGAGUGGCAGCAACAGCCGUUCCUCGCUGCACGUGGACUGGCAUGAAGAGGAGUGGGAGAAGGUUUGGGUGAAUGUGGAUAAAUCUCUGGAGUGCAUCAUCCAGCGCGUGGACAAGCUGCUGCAGAAGGAGAGGAGGCCGAGCGUCGGCAGUCAGGACAGUACACACACUGAGCUGCAGGCUGGGGCCAGCAAGAAAGAUGAAGGAAAAAGAGCUUUCUGGAUCAACCCAGGAAGUUUAUCAGAGGAAUCUCCUUCAUUACCAUCUUCAUCAUCCUCAUCAUCACCUCCACGAUCAUCACCUCCACCAACCUCCUCCUCUCUGCCCGCCCUCUCCUCUGCACAAGACUCCUAUGGAACGCCCUGUGCGGAGGAGGCGUACCCAGGCGAGUGGAGCGAGGCGCUGUACCCGCUCCUCACCACGCUCACCGAGUGCGUCGCCAUGAUGAGCGACAAGGCCAAGAAGUCCAUGGUGUUCCUCCUGAUGCAGGACAGCGCCCCCACGAUAGCCAUGGACCUGUCGCUGCAGUACCGCCGUGACGUCGUCUUCUGCCAGACGCUCACCGCUCUGAUCUGCGGGUUCAUUAUCAAACUGAGGAACUGUCUCCGUGACAAUGGAUUUCUCCGACAACUCUACACCAUCGGCCUGCUCGCUCAGUUUGAGUCCCUGCUCAGCACCUACGGAGAGGAGUUGGCCAUGUUGGAGGACAUGAGUGUCGGCAUCAUGGAUCUCCGCAACGUCACCUUCAAGGUGACCCAGGCCACCGGCAGCUCCGCCCCCGACAUGCUGCCGAUCAUCACGGGGAACCGGGACGGCUUCAAUGUCCGCAUCCCUUUGCCGGCGACCAUGUUCGACGCGUUGCCGCGGGAGAUCCAGAGCGGCAUGCUGCUGAGGGUCCAGCCCGUGCACUUCAACGUCGGCAUCAACGAGCAGCAGACGCUCGCUGAGAAGUUUGGAGACACAUCCCUGCAGGAGGUCAUCAACAUGGAGAGUCUCUCCAGACUGAACUCUUACUACGAGCAGUUCAAAGAAGUGCUGCCUGAGGACUGCCUCCCCAGGUCUCGCUCUCAGACGUGUCUCCCCGAGCUGCUGAGGUUCCUGGGGCAGAACGUCCACGCCAGGAAAAACAAGAACGUAGACAUCCUGUGGCAGGCUGCUGAGAUCUGCCGCCGGCUGAACGGCGUGCGUUUCACCAGCUGCAAAAGCGCCAAAGACCGCACGGCCAUGUCGGUGACUCUGGAGCAGUGCCUGAUCCUGCAGCACGAGCACGGCAUGGCACCGCAGGUCUUCACGCAGGCCCUCGACUGCAUGCGCAGAAUUGGGACGAGGGAGGGGGUGAUCCAGAAGAAUCUGAGCGGCUUGCUGCCGGUGCGGGACCUCAGGCUGGACCCCAGCCUCCUGUACUCGCUGCCCCUGCUGGCCUUCAGCCCCAACCUGAUGGUCGUGUGGAUCUUUCUCAGUGUGGCCUAUUUCCUCGCCAAACUCCGCUGCAGCUGAGCGUAAACACCCUCUCUCUCUCUCUGACUGAGGAAGCGUGGAAAUAACUCCACACGGACCCCUGAGGGUGUUUCUGACACUGUGCCACUGUCCUGUGUCCUCACCAUACGCAGUGAUACUGCCCCAGCCUCACCAAGGACUUCACACCUGAUGCCCCAUCAGCAACACCACCUCUUUGGUUUUGUUUUGGUUUAUGGGCACUUCCUGUUUUGUAGUUCUUCCUUUUGCAAGCUUACAAGGUUAGCUGCAUUAUCAUUCUCCAAAAACAUCACUUUUUCUGUACGAUUUCUAUGCGUUUUUACACACUUUAACAGCAUUUAAAGUCUAUAUUUAAGUAAACAAACAGCUUAAUAUAAUAUAUACAUAAUGAUAUAGACUUAUUCAAAGAUAAUACUAAAAACACAAGGCUGGCUUUUCCAUUUCCACCCUGAGGACAAUUCUUUAAAAAAUGGGACAAAAUAAAUACAGCCAGCUUAGUGUGAACUCAGUCAAAGUGCUACUGUAGCUAAAAAACGACUCUAUUGUAUCAAAACAACAUCUUUAACUCUUAUCAUUUAUAUUCAAGAUUUAAAAAAAUAGUCCCAAACAGUUCACGUCUCACUGAUACAUCUGUAGGCUGUAUCGCCCUGUAUCAUCUGUAGGACAGAAUGCUUUGCCUUGUUCUCCAUUCUCUAACAACAAAAUAUACGCAAAGUGACAGUUUAUAUAUCUGUAGGCCAGAAAUGUAUUGUGAAUAUGUAUAGUAAUAUUCAGAGUAUGUGUAUAUAAAUCUUGCUUUCAGACAUGAUAUGAUAGUAGCUAGCAUAAUGCCCUUAUUUCAUUAUCUGCUUUUACCAUUGUCUUCCAUGUGCUUUGGCACCUUACAAGCUAAAGACGAGGGAACAAAAGCUUUUCAUUUGUGCCAAAAUGAGUAAGCUUACUUUAGCUUAUAUAUGCAUACAGUAUAUAUUUCCAGGCAGUAUUUGCUUAUUUUAUUUAUUUCAGUCUUCCUGCUUUUUAUAACCGUAGAAACGCUUCUACUUGCACUUUCCAGCAGAUCUGUUUACAUGCAGCUUUACUGUUCUGACGAAUGCUAUCCAAGCCUUUUAUUGGGGUAAAAAAAUCAAUUCAUCCAAUAAGGUGUCUAUUUACCCAUAUAUCAGAAUACUGAUAAAUGAAGGAGUAAAUUGGGAUUUCUUCUAAGAUUAAUAAACAUUUGCUAUCUUUUCACGCCAAUUGAGAAAGUAAAAAAAUCGUUUGAAUGAUGAAGCUAAUGUAUGAUAUUCAGGGGGUUACCGUGCAGUGUAGUGCUGUUCAUCCUUCAGAGCAUUUAUUUAUGUGUAUCCGUUUACAAGAAACUCAAAUUGCAGAUAUAAUCAGUAGCGUAUUUUCUUUUUGCACUCGAGCUGUAAGAUAAACAAAUGAGGAAUGUAUCCAUGCUUGUGCCAAAUGCUUUAAGUCAGGUUUUUAAUGAGAGAAUUCAGGUUUGUAGGAUUUGUGUUGUACAAAGAGUUGAAGAUGUGAUUUCUUUGUCUAAAUGCACUCCACCUCCAAAUUAGUCUUUCAGCAAAAUGAGAGAAAAGAAUGCCGGGAAAUGCGUCUUGUUUGGAGAAUUAAUCUGUCAUGAACGUACUUUAAAUUCCUUUUUUUUUAGCCCUGCUGACAGUCAGAAUGCCAAAUAUAUUUAGUUUACUAACAUAUCUAAGAAAGAAACAGCAAAUUCUCACAUUUGACUCACUGAAAUAAUCCGAAAUGUUGCGUUAUGGCUUAAAAUAUGACUAACAUAAUUAAUAUACUCUCAAAAUCAGUUGCUGAAUAACACUCUCAAUCAAUCUAAUGAUAAAUGGAAUAUGUAUCCAGCUUUAAUAUCACCCCCGCUUUCUAGAGCUUCCUAAAGAAAGUGUUCGUGUGUGAUGCUGUCUCUUGUAUAUGUUUCAAUGUUGUGGAAAAAAAAUAUAUUAUUAUACAGUUAGCGAUAAAGCCAAGCUCUUAUUUCCCAGAUACUACAGUUUCAACACCAACACUGUUUAACACUCAUAUUUCAGAUAUAAUGUGAACAUAGAAAAUGUUAUUUUUUAGUACAGGUACGAUUUUGACUGAAGAAAUGGGCUCAAAUGGCAAUUAAGGGAAUAAGAAGGAUCAGAAAACGUGUCGAGCACUCCUUAACAAAACCCUCUGAAGAAACAAAGAGGGUUCAAGUUGCUCUACACAUUAUGCAAAUCAAUAUCUGCAGCUAGCUCUCAUUAACAUCGACCCAGUAAGGAAAUGGAUCAGGACAUAAAUAUCCUCCUGUGGGGGUUCAUCUCGUGACCCCUACUCACUCCAUCCCUUUCUCUCUACGUGCUGAGGGUAAAACAUUGAACAUGCUUCAUUUGCAGAGCUUCUUUUUGUAUGAAUCACUCCGUGCGCUCCAACCUGAAAUGAUGAACAAGACGUUCUGGAGUACUUUUUUUAACUGAGACAGAUGUUAUAUAUUGAGUUUAUAUUUAAACAAACAAAUGUAAUAUAUAUAUAUAUAUAUAUAUAUAUAUAUAUAUAAAAGCAUCUAAUAUACAGAUAUCUAAUUAAUGUAUCACUGAGCAGCAGGGAUAUGAAGGAACUGGAAUUGUUUUAUAUAUGCUUUAAAUUAGCUUUAAAUUAAAUUCCCUAUACAUCAUUGUUUAAUAAUAACACUAAAGUGCUUACUAAAAAGUAUUAACUUAAAAAGACGAUAUUAACCUUUUUCUUUAAUUGUUUUUUAAAUUAUGAUUCCAGAUGUGUCAGAGAAUAUAUUUGUAUGGCUGUACAUAAAUUGUAUUUAUGUAUUGCCUUCAACAUUUGCUAUAUAUUGUCCUUAUUUCUUGCAGAGAUUAUAUAUAAAUAUGUAUAUAUAAAUCUAUACGGUGUGAUUAAUAUGCUUCUGCUAUGUCACUUUAUACCGCAGCUAAAUGUUAUAUGCAGAUUUAUAUGCUAUGUUUAUCGUGUAUUUAAUGACUUCUCAACUUGCACUUUAAACAUCUGAACCCUCCUGUCAACAAUUCAUGGUACUCGUUAAUUGUAAUAAUUAACAUGUUAUUUGAAGAAAAAAAAUGUAUUUACUCGUAUAAUAAUGACCAACCAAUAUGCGUAAUUAUUUUAAAUGGAAGUUAUUGUUAGGUUUUCCAUCAAAAUUCAAGUUGUAGUCCAAACAAAUGUGUAUUUUAACUUAAGCUAAGAGAUCUCCUUGCUUCUUUUUUUUCGUCUUUCAAAGUUAACUUGUACAGAAGGGUUGAGGAAAGGUUGUUCUGGAAUAUUUUUUAAUUGUUAAGUGAAUGUGAAAAUGAUUCAGAGAGAUUGAAAAAAGAAAAAAAACGAAUUGCUGUUAAACAUGUGGCGGUGCUUCUCCUCUGUCAUCAGCUACAUGUCAAAAGGCUCUUGCCUUUGUCUCCAUGUUGCUCUACAUGUACCACAACACCAACAAACCCUGCAGUCAGUGUGUCCCUGAACGCCACACUCCUGCUGUAAUAAACCGUUUCUGCGUGAACCUGCAGAAUAUAACCACUCUGAGGAUAUCUUGUGAUCUUUAAAUUGAUUUAUUUAUACAUUUUUAACAUGACCUAACAAUAUGUUUCCUUAACCUUCUUUAACUCUGCUUUCUCUUAACUCUUCUAUGUUUGUCUCUGUGUGAAUGGUGUUUGUUCACUUUGAAGCACUUUUGUUACUUAAUGAAAUACUUCACCACCAAAAUAAUCAUUAUUAUUAGUAUAUAUAUUUAUUAUAUGAAUUACUCCCACCUCGUCAUACUGAAUCUGAACAGUUAUUAUGAAUGAACGUAAAUGGGUGUCACUUUUACAAAAGCAACAUUUCGUAAAGACAUCCCUUUUUCUUUCAUGAACAAAGUGCAUUUAUUUGAGAGAUUUGAGCAUACAAAUAAAUGAGACUUGGAUUAUAUUUCAGGAUUUAUAAAUGGAUAUAUAUAUAUUUUUUUUUAACUAACAAAGUUUAACUUCAAUUCAUUUAGAUUGUUCUCACUUUUUUUUAUUAUUAUUCUUUCACCUUGGCAUGCCAGAGAAACAUCUUCAGUAAUUGAAUGUAACAGUGUGAGGAACUGACAUACAAGCGGCCAUUUUGUGGGUGUACUAUUCCUUUUAUCUCAGUGCUUCUCAAAGUGUGGUCCGCGGACCACUGGUGGUCCAUGAGCGCCCCCUAGUGGUCCGUGAGUAUAUUGGUAAAAUUUCACAUUUGAAAUAAAUAAA